UUUUCAUGUUUAAUGUUAACAAAAGGGAAUUUUUUUCCUAUUUUGAAGUGCGAUUCAAAUAAGUGUUUUGCGUAAAUAUGAAUCAGAACGGUUCUUUCUUCAACGACACUCAUUUGCUUUUUUAUUAUAUUCGUGAUUCAGGAUACCGUGAUACAAAAGUUACUGGUAUUAUCGAGACCGUGAUAAUCAGCUUAUUAUACAUAUCCAUUGAAGCUUGUAUAUAAGCUUGCUUCUAUAUGCGCGUUAAUAUAUUUGUGCUUGACGGCCGGCACCACAAAUAUAAGAUAUUUAUCGUGCCGGGAUAAUGCUCAGGCCUGAAAAUGUAUUCUUAUUGGGCAAGUCAGUUGUGGGGUUAUGCUGUUGUGCGUCACAAUUUGGUCAAUAUUACCCUGAUUUUUUCUGUGUGAUAGGUCAAGAAGUGUUCACUUGAUAACAUGAAUAAAUUUAUGCAAUGUUUUCUCUCAGAGAAUCAAUAUAUUGAAAAUCUUUUCUCAUAUUUUGAUAGAAGCGUUAGUGAAUAGUUAAUUUAAAAUUAAAGAAGCUAGCUAAGUGGUCCUAGCCAGCGCAGCAAAUAUCUAAUUAAUUAUCAAACAAGUGAGCAAGAUACUCCUAUCUAGUAUUGUUGGUAUUUAAUUCAUUAUAAACGAAAGAUAUUCGUAGCUACAGCGUCCAUGUGCGACGAGGCCGCCUCCAAGACUCCUGCUUCGUCAGGACCUGACGAUGACGUCAGCCUGCUGCGGGACUGCUUCGUCAGGAGCUUCGGCGUCAGCCCUGAGGCCAUCGUCAGGGCCCCUGGGAGAGUGAAUCUGAUCGGUGAACACAUCGACUACAACGGAUACUCCGUCCUUCCCAUCGCCAUUGACCAGUCAAUAUUCGUAGCGGUUGGUCGCAACCCCGACGACAAAAUUAAAAUCGUGAACCACGACACGAAAUUCGAACCGUUUACGUGUGACAUCCACGAACUGGGGAACAUCAGCAGCCCUCCUGCAUGGCAUGAUUACGUGUUGUGUGGACUGUAUGGAGUGCAGGAGCAUUUACAAGUGCCAGUCUCUUGUGGCAUCAACUUGGCAGUGCUGGGGAGAGUGCCAAAGGCUGCGGGUCUGUCCUCUUCUUCAGCUUUGGUGUGCAGUGCUGCACUGGCCGCGGUUGCCAUGUUCUCAAACCCUAAAAAAGAUGAGGUUUCUUCUGGUAAAAACAAAGGUAACGAAGACAAAAGCCUUAAAGACGUUUCUUCUAACCGAUCGGAUGAACCCUCAUUAAAUGGAGUAUCGUUUAAAGAACUGGCUAGAGUAUGCGCGGUCUCUGAAAAGUAUGUUGGCACUCAGGGAGGUGGCAUGGACCAAGCAGCAUCGUUCCUCUCGAAACGUGGCUGUGCUCAACACAUUUCUUUCAAUCCCCUCCGUUGUGAGGACGUUGUCCUCCCGCCAGGGGCGUCCUUCGUCGUCGCAAACUCGAUGGUCGCCGCCAACAAAGCCGCGACCAAUGACUUCAACUGCCGGGUCAUGGAGUGCAAGAUUGCCUGCUACAUCCUAGCCGCAAAAAACGGUUUAGUUUGGGAAAAAGUUGCCAACAUGGCAGACCUUCAACACCAAUUAGGUAACAAAUCUUUUGCCCACAUGAUUUCAUUGGUGGAAAACAACCUCCAUCCUCAGCCGUACACUCUGGAUGAGGUAGCAGAGUGUCUAAAUAUCUCUGCUGAAGAGGUGGUCGCUAAAAUACUCAGUGAAAACACCAAGAAUUUGACGUCAUUUUGUCUUCAGCCUCGCGCCCUCCAUGUCUUCACGGAGGCCAAACGAGUGCAGGACUUCAAGUGCAUCUGUGACCUGUGGCGUGAUGGGUGCGCUGACCAGACGCUGGACGAGACCCUGCGGGCGCUGGGCGCUCUGAUGCUCGAGAGCCACGAGUCGGCGCGUCGUCUGUANACGGGUGCCGGAUGGGGCGGGUGCUCUGUGGCGCUCGUGGCAGACGCUGAACUGGGCGCUCACUGCGCUCAUCUUGAGGAGCAUUUCUACGCUCACAGGAACGUUGCUGCUCACGCCCUUCGUGAGGUGCUCUUCUCGAGCAGCCCUGCAGGUGGUGCUGCUGUGGUCUGCAAGAACAUCCCGAACUCUAGAGAGAACAUCCCGAACUCCAGAGAGAACAUCCCGAACUCCAGAGAGAACAUCCCGAACUCCAGAGAGAACAUCCCGAACUCUAGAGAGAACAUCCCGAACUCUAGGGAACAUCCCGAACUCCAGAGAGAACAUCCCGAACUCCAGAGAGAACAUCCCGAACUCUAG